CACGAACAAACCGCCAGCCAUCGCUGUGCUGAGCAAAAGCAAAUGGACGCGUGCUUUGGCUCGUCACGGAAAUUCCUUGCUCCCAUUUUCAGUCGCUAGUAAUCGCGUUUUGGUGCUCCGGAAUCGAUCCGCAAACAUAGUGAAAGUGUUCCCCCGGUUCCGGGGAACAGAUUGUGGGUGUUUUCGCUGACGAAUUUUUUCAGCAGAGGUAAAAAUAAGAGGACAACGCACACGACUGCAGCAAGAAGAAGAGCAAGUAGGAAAAACGGAAGAAGUUCACUUCCUCUCGUUUAUCGUUCGUUGCAGUUGUCGAGAUGAACGGAGAUUCGAAGGCUCCGCUCCGGACGGUCAAGCGGGUCCAGUUCGGUAUCCUGUCUCCGGAUGAGAUCCGACGGAUGUCCGUGACCGAGGGCGGAAUUCAGUAUGCCGAAACGAUGGAAGGUGGUCGGCCGAAGCUGUGCGGUCUGAUGGAUCCCAGACAGGGCGUCAUUGAGCGUACGUCCCGUUGCCAGACCUGCGCCGGCAACAUGACCGAAUGCCCGGGACACUUUGGGCACAUCGAUUUGGCCAAACCGGUGUUCCACAUCGGGUUCGUCACCAAGGCCAUCAAAAUAUUGCGCUGCGUGUGUUUCUACUGCUCCAAGAUGUUGGUCGCCCCCAGCAAUCCGAAGAUCAAGGAAAUCGUAAUGAAAUCCAAGGGACAGCCCCGCAAACGGUUGGCCUACGUGUACGAUCUGUGCAAGGGUAAGAAAAUUUGCGAGGGUGGCGAGGACAUGGAUAUCACAAAGGACGGCGCACCACCGGAUCCGAACAAAAAGCAGGGCCACGGAGGUUGCGGUCACUAUCAGCCUUCGUUCCGGCGAACUGGACUGGACUUGAUGGCCGAAUGGAAGCAUGUCAACGAAGAUUCACAGGAAAAAAAGAUUGCUGUAACGGCUGAACGAGUUUGGGAAAUUUUCAAACAUAUCACCGAUGAAGAGUGUUACGUUUUGGGUAUGGAUCCGAAGUUUGCCCGCCCAGAUUGGAUGAUUGUUACCGUUCUUCCGGUUCCACCACUUGCCGUACGACCGGCUGUCGUAAUGUUUGGUGCCACGAAAAAUCAGGACGAUUUGACACACAAACUUGCGGAUAUCAUCAAGGCGAAUAAUGAGCUUAAGAAAAACGAGGCCACUGGAGCAGCUGCCCACGUCAUUGCAGAAAACAUCAAAAUGUUACAGUUCCAUGUAGCCACGCUGGUCGAUAACGAUAUGCCAGGUAUGCCAAAAGCAAUGCAAAAGAGCGGAAAACCGUUAAAAGCUAUCAAAUCUCGUCUGAAGGGUAAGGAAGGUCGUAUUCGAGGUAAUUUGAUGGGCAAGCGAGUAGAUUUCUCGGCCCGUACUGUCAUCACACCAGAUCCGAAUCUCCGUAUCGAUCAGGUCGGCGUCCCACGUUCCGUCGCACAAAACAUGACAUUCCCAGAGUUGGUAACUCCUUUCAACAUCGAUCGAAUGCAAGAAUUGGUUCGCCGAGGCAACUCACAGUACCCGGGAGCAAAGUAUAUUGUACGAGACAACGGAGAACGUAUCGAUUUACGUUUCCAUCCCAAAUCGAGUGAUUUGCAUCUGCAAUGCGGCUACAAAGUGGAACGUCAUCUUCGGGACGAUGAUCUGGUCAUUUUCAACCGUCAGCCCACACUACACAAGAUGAGUAUGAUGGGUCAUCGUGUUAAAGUGCUUCCAUGGUCAACUUUCCGGAUGAACCUCAGUUGUACUUCUCCUUACAAUGCCGAUUUUGACGGAGAUGAAAUGAAUUUGCACGUGCCACAGUCUAUGGAGACGCGUGCCGAAAUCGAGAACAUUCACAUUACCCCCAGACAAAUUAUUACGCCGCAGGCCAACAAACCUGUCAUGGGUAUUGUGCAGGACACGCUCACAGCUGUUCGAAAGAUGACUAAACGAGAUGUUUUCCUUGAGAAGGAACAAAUGAUGACGCUGCUAAUGUUCUUGCCCACUUGGGACGGGAAAAUGCCUCAACCUUGUAUCCUCAAACCCAAACCUUUAUGGACCGGAAAGCAAAUCUUCACCCUGAUCAUUCCCGGCAACGUAAACAUGAUCCGUACCCACUCCACCCAUCCGGACGAGGAAGAUGACGGUCCGUACAAGUGGAUCUCUCCCGGAGAUACCAAGGUUAUGGUAGAGCAUGGUGAUCUCAUCAUGGGAAUCCUGUGCAAGAAAACAUUGGGAACCUCAGCAGGUUCUCUGCUUCACAUCGUUUUCCUGGAACUGGGGCACGAAAUCGCCGGUCGCUUCUACGGUAACAUUCAGACUGUGGUCAACAACUGGCUGUUGCUCGAGGGUCACAGCAUCGGUAUCGGUGACACCAUUGCCGAUCCUCAGACUUACGCUGAAAUUCAGCGCGCUAUUCGCAAAGCCAAGGAAGAUGUCAUAGGCGUCAUCCAGAAGGCUCACAACAUGGAACUUGAACCCACACCCGGUAAUACGCUGCGUCAGACUUUCGAAAAUCAGGUGAACCGUAUCCUGAACGAUGCUCGAGAUAAAACUGGUGGUUCCGCCAAGAAGUCACUGACUGAGUACAACAACCUCAAGGCUAUGGUGGUGUCCGGUUCCAAAGGGUCCAACAUUAACAUUUCUCAGGUUAUUGCUUGUGUGGGUCAGCAAAACGUUGAAGGUAAGCGUAUUCCGUUCGGGUUCCGCAAACGAACGCUACCGCACUUCAUCAAGGACGAUUACGGUCCCGAAUCUAGAGGUUUCGUGGAAAAUUCGUACCUUGCCGGGUUGACACCGACUGAGUUCUAUUUCCACGCUAUGGGAGGUCGUGAGGGUCUUAUCGAUACUGCUGUAAAGACUGCCGAAACCGGGUACAUCCAGCGACGUCUGAUCAAAGCUAUGGAGUCGGUAAUGGUCAACUACGAUGGAACGGUUCGUAAUUCCGUGGGUCAGCUGAUUCAGCUGCGUUACGGUGAAGACGGCUUAUGUGGCGAGACAGUCGAGUUCCAGAACUUGCCGACGAUCAAACUGAGCAAUAAGGUGUUCGAGAAACGGUACCGUUUCGAUCCGACUAAUGAGCGCAAUUUGAGGCGCAUUUUCAACGAGGAUGUUAUUAAGGAUUUGACCGAGUCGGGAGAUGUCAUUUCGGAGAUCGAAGCAGAGUACGAACAGCUGAUGAAGGAUCGUGAGGCGCUAAGGCAGAUUUUCCCCAAUGGUGAUUCCAAGGUUGUAUUGCCGUGCAACUUGCAACGCAUGAUUUGGAAUGUGCAGAAGAUUUUCCAUAUUAACAAACGAGCUCCAACGGAUUUGUCCCCACUCAAAGUGAUCCAUGGGGUACGCGACUUACUGCAAAAAUGUGUGAUCGUGGCUGGUACGGAUCGUUUGUCGAAACAGGCCAACGAAAACGCUACUCUCUUGUUCCAGUGCUUGGUUCGAUCUACGCUGUGCACAAAAUAUGUGGCGGAAGAAUUCCGAUUAAAUAACGAAGCUUUUGAAUGGUUGAUCGGAGAAAUCGAAACCCGUUUCCAACAGGCACAAUGUAAUCCAGGUGAAAUGGUCGGUGCCUUGGCUGCCCAAUCGCUCGGAGAGCCCGCUACUCAGAUGACACUGAACACUUUCCAUUUUGCUGGUGUGUCUUCAAAGAACGUAACAUUGGGUGUGCCGCGUCUGAAGGAAAUUAUCAAUAUUUCCAAACGGCCAAAAGCUCCUUCCCUAACGGUAUUCUUGACUGGUGGUGCUGCUCGUGAUGCUGAAAAGGCGAAGAAUGUGCUAUGUCGUUUGGAACACACGACUUUGAGAAAGGUCACUGCCAAUACGGCGAUUUACUACGAUCCCGAUCCACAAAGAACAGUCAUUGCCGAGGAUCAAGAGUUUGUUAAUGUUUACUAUGAAAUGCCCGAUUUCGAUCCGACUCGUAUUUCCCCUUGGUUGUUGCGUAUUGAGCUGGAUCGUAAGCGUAUGACUGAUAAGAAACUAACGAUGGAACAGAUUGCGGAGAAAAUUAAUGCUGGAUUUGGAGAUGAUCUGAAUUGUAUCUUCAACGACGAUAACGCUGACAAGUUGGUACUGCGAAUUCGUAUUAUGAAUAAUGAGGACAACAAAUUCCAAGACAACGAAGAAGAAAACAUGGAUAAAAUGGAAGACGACAUGUUCUUGCGCUGCAUUGAAGCCAAUAUGUUGUCCGACAUGACCUUGCAAGGUAUUGAAGCCAUCGGAAAAGUGUACAUGCAUUUGCCACAGACGGAUGCCAAGAGAAGAAUUGUGAUUACACCGGAAGGUGAAUUCAAGGCUAUCGGAGAAUGGUUGCUGGAAACUGACGGUACUGCUAUGAUGAAAGUUCUGAGCGAAAGAGAUGUGGAUCCUGUGCGUACAGCCAGUAACGAUAUUUGUGAAAUUUUCCAAGUGUUGGGUAUCGAAGCUGUGCGAAAGUCUGUUGAAAAAGAAAUGAACAACGUUCUACAAUUCUACGGUUUGUACGUAAACUAUCGUCAUCUCGCCUUACUUUGUGACGUAAUGACAGCAAAGGGUCACUUGAUGGCCAUCACUCGUCACGGUAUCAACAGACAGGAUACUGGUGCUCUUAUGAGAUGUUCGUUCGAGGAAACAGUAGAUGUGUUGAACGAUGCUGCUGCCCACGCAGAAGUCGACCCUAUGAGAGGUGUAUCGGAGAAUAUUAUCAUGGGCCAACUGCCGAGAAUGGGAACCGGUUGUUUCGAUCUGCUGUUGGAUGCGGAAAAGUGUAAACACGGAAUGGAAAUUCCUCACACAUCUAUCAUGGGUGGUAGUGGAAUGUUCUUUGGACCAGGAGCUACUCCAAGCAUGAGUCCAGCAAUGACUCCUUGGCAACAAUCGCAAACACCAGGCUAUGGCGAAGAAUGGUCCCCAUCAGGACCCCCAAGUGGCAUGACUCCCGGAGGACCCAGUUUUUCACCUUCCGCACAAUCAGAUGCUUCGGGAAUGUCACCAUCCUGGUCACCGAUACCGGGAUCACCUAGCUCACCGGGACCUUCUAUGUCUCCAUAUUUCCCAUCAUCGCCAAGCGCUUCUCCAUCGUACUCUCCGAGUAGUCCAAAUUAUGCGGCUUCCUCGCCAGGAGGCGCUUCUCCCGGAUACUCACCGACUAGUCCAAGUUAUUCGCCGACUAGUCCGAUUUAUUCUCCAACGAGUCCCCAGUAUUCUCCUUCAAGUCCUAACUACAGCCCUUCAUCGCCCAACUAUUCUCCAACAUCUCCAAGUUAUUCACCAACAUCGCCACUUUAUUCUCCUACAGGCACUUUUGCUCCAUCAAGCCCCGCUUAUUCGCCAACGUCCCCAUCUUACUCUCCAACAAGUCCAAGUUAUCCAUCGACAUCGCCAAGCUACUCUCCAACAUCCCCAGCAUAUUCUCCUACUAGUCCAUCCUAUUCCCCCUCCAGUCCUUCCUAUUCUCCAACGUCGCCAUCAUAUUCGCCAACCUCUCCCAGUUAUUCACCGGCAUCUCCCAACUAUACUCCAGCAACACCAAACUAUUCCCCAACAAGUCCGACUUACUCCCCCAGCUCCCCACAUUACUCUCCUACGUCGCCUAGCUAUUCCCCAUCCUCGCCCAAGUACUCUCCCACUUCUCCAAGCUACUCGCCAACGUCUCCAUCUUACGGCGGAAGUCCCCAGUACACACCCUCGUCUCCGCAAUACUCUCCGACAAGCACGAAGUAUUCGCCAACAUCUCCAAGCUAUUCGCCAAGCUCGCCGCAACAUUCUCCUGGUGGAAGUGGCAAUAACUACAGCAUCAGCUCACCAACAUACUCUCCGACGACGGCCCGUUACUCACCGAACAUGUCGUCCUACUCUCCCGGCAGUCAGAAGUACUCCCCAACAAGCCCGGUGUACACACCGACUUCGCCCCACUAUUCGCCAAGCUCUCCGGCUUACUCGCCCACAGCACAAGGUUAUAGCCCUUCGAGCCCGGCCAGUCCAACCUACUCACCGACCAGCCCAUCCUACGAAGACAACGCCGACGAUUAAAGUGUAUUUCCAUCAAAUAACCUUGUCCCAAGAUCGUGGAAUAUAAACGGAUCAAAUGGACAAACCGCGGCAAUGAUCCCUAAAAGUGUGUCGCAACGGAAGGCUGAACGUGUUAGGUACUAAGGUAGUCCGUCGGAUGUUUUUUUCAUUUUAUCAUUCUUGCUUAAGCACUUUUUAUGUUCGAUUCAAAUGUUGAGGAAACUUCCGCGAAAAAGCUCCUAUUGAUUCUGUGCUUCAAGAUGAACAGCACUUACUGAACCAGACUUGUUUUGUAAUUGAUUGAUUGGUGCGAUUUUGGUUUUCGGUAGCAAUGGUACAAUAUUUAUGAUCGAAACGGUUAAUUUGUAUAUAGAUGGGUCGCACCAGAAUUAACAGUAAGCAGAAAUAAACCUUAUAAACAUUUAUCGAAUGAGCCUAUACAUUUAGCGCAUUUAGGAGCACUCGCUGUAACCUUUUCUUUAAAUGGAAAAUCUUGAAAUAAGGUCUUUACAGCGUGCAAGGUACCAUUAACGUAUAUAAAAUAUUGUGUUGUUUUUACUCAUUAACAUUACAGUCUAUAUGAUCGAUAAAAAAAAGUUUGAAAAAUAAACUUCACCAACGAGAGUUUACAAAUAAAAAUGGACGACUAGCAAGCUAAA